AAGAUGGCGCACGCUUUCUUGUGCCCCAAUCAGUCAGCUAAAGCUGUCGCACACCAGCUGUGGAACAACUAUUUCUGCAUCUAUGGGUUUCCCAAGCGACUACAUUCCGACCAGGGGGCCAGUUUUGAGAGUUCGCUCAUUGCAGAGUUGCUGAAUGUGGCGGGCGUGCAAAAGUCCCACACUACGCCUUAUCACCCUAUGGGUAAUGGCUCGUGUGAGAGAAUGAACCGGACUUUAGGCAACAUGAUUCGAGCACUGCCACCAAGAGCUAAACAUCGUUGGCCUGAGGCCCUGAAAUCUCUGACAUUCGCCUACAAUUGUACAGUGCAUGAGACGACAGGAUAUGCACCGUUUCUGCUCAUGUUCGGGAGGGUGCCACGUCUUCCAGUGGAUGUCAUCUUUGGUUCAGUGCUCAGUGAUCCGGAGGUGGUGGACUAUGAUCGCUACGUUGAGUCCCUGCGAAAGGACAUGAGAGAAGCUAUGGCUAUAGCCCAGUCAACUGCAACUAAGCAGCUCCAGCGUCACACCGAGCUAUACAACCGUAGAGUACGUGGUGUACCAGUGGAAGUGAACGACAGAGUGCUGCUGGCCAACAAAGGAGAACGUGGAAAAAGGAAGCUUGCUGACCACUGGGACAGCACAGUGUAUGUGGUGGUUGGAAAGGAUGAUGAGAAUCACACCUUCAGGAUCCAGAACCCCACUACAGGUCAAGUAAAAGUGGUCCACCGCAAUCUGAUAAUGUCGAUAAACUUUCUGCCGUUGCCUCAGGAUGACCAGGAGGAGGUUGUUCUGUCUCCAACAUCAAGUUCCCUUGACCUCAGUGUUGAGAAGUCAGCAAUCAGUGAUGUUAUUUCUGACUCAGCAGAGUUUAGAACAAGAGUGUGGGUAUCUGACCUACCUUUGGGAGCAGGCAGUGAGACAGACGCAGAAGAUGCUGAGCAGGUGGACGGCACCGUGCUGGAGGGAGCCACAGAACCUACUAAUGCCCUAUCAGAGGGCAGGGUGUUGCCUCUAGCCCACCCAGUCCCUGAUCAAUUGCAACCCCCUGAUGGAGCUGCUUUGAUGGACAGCAGUUCAGCAGACUCUGGUUGCUCAGCAGUCCUAAUGGCUUGCCCAGAGGCCUUUACGGCUCCUGUUACUGUCACUUUCAAUGAUGUACCUGCUACUAGUACUGCUACAGUGACAGUAGUUGAUGGUGCGACUGCCCCUAGAUCUAGAGCUGGGCGACUGUUAAGACCAGUGACUAGACUUAUUGAAAUGAUGCACCAUAGAACGGCAUUGGUUUGAUCAGUUCUUAAUUAUAAAACUACAGUUUUAUUUGUUUCUAUUUUGACCGUGAGGUUUUGUAACAAUUUUGAUAUUUCAUGUUUGUUUUGCUAUUUGAGAGGUGAGUUUGCAGUUACAUGUUAACAAAAUAUGUAAAUGGGCAUAUUUUUUUUCCCCCCGAUGUAUGUAGGUGGGGUCUGGCCAACCUUUUCUCAUACUGAUCCUCAUGGGAUAGUCUAAGUGACUGGGUAUUUGUAACUGUGAAUUUAAUGUGAUUGUACCUCACAAGCGACUUUGGAAACGGUAGCUGUGCAUUGGUUUCCUGUGCAUUUGAAUAGUGGUCUUACUCCAUUUUGUGCAUUUGUACCUGUGAUGUUACUAUACUUUUUUUCUUUUCUUCUUCUUUCUUUAUCUUGCUUUUUCAAUUGUUGUUUUGUUUUGCUUGUUGUAAUGGGGCAAGUGGAAUUCGGCAGGAGGGAGUGUAACAUAGUUAAUGUUGUAGUAGAGAAUUCCACUUGUCAUUACUCCCAAGUUUAGGUUCAUGUGUAAUGGGCGAAACAGCACCCCCUUCUGGUGGUUGGUAGCGUUAAAUGUAGUGGACACAGACAGCUCGUUGCCAGUUUAUGAGAAAUGGGCGCGAGGUAGGUUCACUGACUUAACGCUCUAGUGAAAUGUUAUGUUAGCUUGAUGCUAACAAAAUGCUAUUCUUUGUAAGGUGCUGUACCCGCGGUGAUUAUCCUGAUCCCUGAUCAGUUUCUAUUCUGUUCCACACAGAGGGAUAAACAGCAUUCCAUCUCAUCCUGUCUCCUGGCUCAUUAUUAACACAACGCAGACCCGAUCGAAGUACGCGAUUACAAUU